CACGGAGGUGUGGGGCCACAAGGCUCACGGUGUUGUGGACAGGGUCAAGAAAACAGAGCGCGUCCUGAGUGUGGUUCAGUCCACAGCAGUACAGCACUGGGAGACACGUCUUCCUGAAGUUUAUUAAUCAGCUCGACGGAGAAAGGCGCAGCCUGGAGAGACUCCGUGAGGUGCCGGUAUACGGGUGAAGAUGGACAGUCUUGGGGGAAUUGGUGGUGGAGGGACGGUGGAAAACGAGAGCGACAAAAGGAGCAAAGAGCAACGCAACAAGGCUGAGAAGGGUGAAAAAGACAUGAAGGAGGGAAGAAGGAGAAGAGUAAAAGAGAGCAGAAGGUCAGGCGGAUGGGCGCUGAGUGAGCGUCUGGCCAUCAACGUCUCAGGGAUGCGUUAUGAGACGCAACUUCGCACCCUGGCACAGUUUCCCAACUCGCUGCUCGGCGACCCGCAGCGCCGCCUGCGUUACUUCGACCCUCUUCGCAAUGAGCUCUUCCUGGACCGCAACCGCUUCUGCUUCGACGCCAUCCUGUACUUCUACCAGUCUGGGGGACGUCUGCGCCGGCCAGCCAACGUGCCCCUAGAUAUCUUCAUGGACGAGCUGCGCUUCUACGAGCUCGGCGAAGAGGUCAUGACCCGCUUCAGGGAGGACGAGGGUUUCCAAAAAGAGGAGCCAAAGCCACUUCCACAGAACGAGAUCAAGAGGAAGUUGUGGAUGCUGUUCGAGCACCCUGAGUCAUCCGGAGGGGCCCGCAUCAUCGCCAUCAUCAGCGUCAUGGUCAUCGUGGUGUCCAUUGUCAUCUUCUGUCUUGAGACGCUCCCUGACUUCAGGCUUGAGAAAGAGAUGAGAGAGCAAUUGGCGUUCCAUUCGCACCAUCCAGUUCAGAACAUCACAGCGCAGAUGCCGCACCUGUCCCCGUUCCAGGAUCCCUUCUUCAUCGUGGAGACAAUGUGCAUCUUCUGGUUUUCCUUCGAGCUCCUGAUGCGCUUCGCCACAUCGCCGAGCAAAACUCACUUCUUUAAGGACAUGAUGAACAUCAUCGACUUUUUUGCCAUCAUCCCGUAUUUCGUCACACUGGGCACGGAGCUCGCCCGCUCCAAAGGUGCAACGCCUGCCAUGUCCCUGGCCAUCAUCCGUGUCAUCCGUCUCGUCCGUGUCUUCCGGAUCUUCAAGCUCUCGCGCCACUCAAAAGGCCUGCAGAUCCUGGGCCAGACACUGAAGGCCAGUCUGAGGGAACUGGCACUGCUCAUCUUCUUCCUCUUUAUCGGCGUGGUGCUCUUCUCCAGUGCCGUCUACUUCGCCGAGGUCGACAGCCCGGACACGUCCUUCACCAGCAUCCCUGAGGCCUUCUGGUGGGCAGUCGUCACCAUGACGACGGUUGGCUACGGCGACAUGUACCCGGGGACGGUGGGGGGGAAGCUGGUGGGCUCUAUGUGCGCCAUCGCCGGCGUCCUGACCAUCUCGCUCCCGGUUCCUGUCAUCGUGUCCAACUUUAGCUACUUCUACCAUCGUGAGAUGGAGUGCGAGGACAACCAGGAGUACACGCACGUCAACACGUCGCUGUGGGAAAAUGAGAAGGCAGACAGUGAAGACGAGGAUGGGGGAGGAGAUGAAGAGCCCGAUUACGCACCCUUGGAAGGAGGCUUGAGCUGCAGAGGGAUCUGCGCACCCCUCAACGGGACUCUACUCGCCGGACUGUGUGCUGGGGAACAGAGAACAGGCAACGUGUACCGGGGAGAACCGUUAGUCACACAAGUGUGAAAGAGAGAAAGACGGAGGGGAGAGAGAGAGAGAGAGAGAGAGAGAGAGAGAGAGAGAGAGAGAAGGUUUUCCAUCCACAUUUUAAUAUUCUAAUUCUAUUCUAAUCCAUUCAACAAGCAUUACAACCUGAUGGAGAACAUGGUCCAAAACAUCUUCACAAUGUUCAUAACCACACAAUUUAGUUACACUUUAUGGCCAAAUGUUUGUGGACACCUGACCAUAAGAUUGUUAUGUGCUUCUUUUUAGAACAUCUCAUUCCACA